AUGGGUCUGCUCCUGAAGAUCUUCAUCCCCUUGCUGGGAGUGGCUCUGGCCUUUUACUUCUACUCAGCACCCAGGAAUUUCAGUGAAGAGAUGCUGCGGGGGAAGCGGGUGAUCGUGACGGGCGCCAGCAGCGGCAUCGGGGAGCAGAUGGCCUACCACCUGGCACGCAUGGAAGCUCACCUCCUGCUGACCGCGCGCACCCAGGCCAAGCUGCAGAAAGUGGUGGAGCAGUGCCUCAAGCUGGGUGCUGCGUCUGCCAGCUACGUGAGCGGCUCCAUGGAGGACACUGCAUUUGCCGAGGUGGUGGUGAAGGAGGCUGAGAACACUUGGGGAGGCCUUGAUAUGCUCAUCCUGAAUCACAUCGGUCACAGCUACUUCACCUACUUCAACGGGGACGUGGAGCACGUCCGAAAGCUCCUGGAGACCAACUUCCUCAGCUAUGUGGCCAUGACCACGUCUGCCCUGCCCAUGCUGAAGGAGAGUGAGGGCAGCAUCGUGGUAGUUUCAUCCGUAGCAGGUAAAACUGGCGUCCCAUUUGCUGCUCCCUAUUCUGCAACUAAGUUUGCCUUAGAUGGAUUCUUUAGCUCCUUGAGAAGUGAAUUCGUCAUGGAGAAGGUCAAUGUCUCCAUCACACUCUGCAUCCUGGGCUACAUCAACACAGAGAGCGCGGUGCAGGCCAUCUCCCACGUCAUCCAGGACACGCCGGCGCCCAAGGAGGACUGCGCCCUGCAGAUCAUCAAAGGGGCAGCGCUGCGCCAGCGUGAGCUGCACUACCCAGCCCGGCUGGUGGACACCCUGCUGCUCCUCAGGGCCUUUGCCCCAGACUUCCUCGACUACAUCACCAGGAGCAGCUACAACGUGGAAAACAUCAGCAGAACAUAGCCCCUGGUGGGUGCACACCUUGGGCCAGGCACAAGGGAUUUGAGCGUCCAUGCAGCUCCUCCAUGCUGCCAGGGUAGCCCCGUGCUGGUGCACCCCGGUAGCUGAAGAUGGGAUGACACAUGGUGUGAAAAGGUCCUUUUUAGUCAUGAACUCCUGCAACUGAGUUUUUUUUUCCAACCAAGAAGCAGACUUAGAGAAGCUUCUGGCAGCAGGUUCCCUGCUUGACCUCCAGAAGCUAUUCCCCAACCACAGCCACAAAAGCCACGGUGCUGAGCACAGCAAGCAGCCGAGCCCUGGACCGGAGUGAGGGUUUGGGCCAGGCAAAAGCCACCCAAAGAAGGCCUUUGAACCAGGA